CCCUGGUCCCCGCCGCUCAGCCGCGGUCCCGAGACCCCGCGCCAGCCGCGCGCCCGCAGCCAUGGCCUCCAGCCACGACCCCCCGUCCCCGCUCCUCGUGCGGGCGUCCCCAUCCUCCGGCCGUAUGCACUGGAAGCUAGAAAAAUACUUCCAGAGUCGGAACUCGGACGGCGGGGAGUGCAGCGUGCGGCCGGUGGACCCUGAAGUCCGCGACACUUUCUUCGUGAUGUUCAAAGAAAGGGCAGCCAAGGAGCGGAUACUGAGGAAAGGAAUGCAGCGGGUUUGCAUCGACAACAAACUUGUGACCAUUUUCCUGGAAGAGACUCCAGUAAAUGGAAGCAUGGGGCCCCGCGUGCCUCUGUCGACACGGUCACCCGCAGAGGCGCCAGCUGGCGAGAAGCACCCCGGUGAAGAUCCUGUGCUCAACGCCAUAGACGCCUGUGUCCCAAAGAUCUUUCUUGAAGUGACAGCCGACCUGAACUGUAACCUGUUUUCCAAAGAGCAGAGAGCACACAUAACCACACUCUGCCCCGAGGUGAAAGUCAUGGAGGGUCAGAACGGAAUUGAGAAGGUGUGUGGCGACUUCAGAACGAUGGAAAAGAUACAUCAGUUCCUGAGUGAGCAGCUCCUGCAGAGCGGGCCAUCUCCUCUGACAACAGAGAGGAAGCCACUUGAUAAGCAGGACGGGGACAACCAUGUGGCUCCUUCCGAACCAAACAAGGGGUCCGAAGGAGAGAGCAGCCUCUCUGAAGGCCCCUUGUCUUUGCCUGAAGCAAGUCUAGCCCCUUGCAUCACAUCUACAAAGAGGAAGCCACUGGCUCAGCAGGACUGGAGUAGCCACACGGCUCCUUCCAAAGCAAACACUGGGUCGGAAGAAAGAAGCAACUGUUUUGAAGUCCCUGAGCCUUUGUUUGAAUAUUUCAAAUACGUCUGUCCUCAUAAAACAGACUCCAUAAAGCAAAGAUUUGGUGUCGAUCUCAGAAUUCAUACGAGUUCCCCCGGGAUGGUCUAUUUAGACUUCGUUUCAAGUCCAUCGGACGACCUAGAAGGAGGUCGUGAGUCUUUUGUAAGUGAAUUCCAGAAGGUCACAGAAUCUCUGAAGCAAGAUUCUGUCUCUUUAGCCAACAGUGCACAGGCAAAUAAAAUGAAACAGGAAUUGAAUCAUCAUUUCACAAAACUCCUUGUAAAGGAAAACGGAAGAACAUUAACUCUCCUCGGGAUCCAAGAUGACAUUUCAGCUGCCAAACGGAAAAUCUCUGAGAGUCUCAUCAAGGCACCUGUGAAAAUCCUGGCUCCCAGUCGCAUGGUAGAUGGGAUUGAGGUUGACACUGCUUGCUAUAAGCUUUUAGAGAAUCAAUUACUCCAGGACAUCGCAGAGAUAGAGAAAAAGUACAACACGGACUAUAAGAGUUUGCAGAGAAGUCAGAACACCUGCAUUCUCUUUGAGCCCAAGGAGAAGCUAGAUCUAUCUGAGCAUGCUUAUGAGUUCAUCGAUGCCUUCCAACACGCCUCGUCUCAGCUGACAAGAGAAGUUCUGUCACUGAAACAUCUGGGCAAGGAGAGAAAGCACUUCCAGGGCACUAAGUUUACCGAUGACUUUGAGAGAAGUCAUCCAAAGCUACACUUGGGGCUCACUUCAAAGUCAAUGACUUUGACUGGUUUGCCAGUUCACCUUGCAAAGGCAAAGCAGUAUGUCCCGCAGAAAAGUGGGCUGUCUCCAUCGGCUGGAGAGAAAUCGAAUGAGCAUCAUGAAACACCCAAAAUUGAUAGUAAUGGCUCAGAAACAGCAUCACCUCUAUCAAAGGACUCUGUGGGUUCUGGGGCCUCAGGACUAGAUGAGAAGGAAAAAGAGAUUUGUAUCAUCUGCAUGGAUGCCAUUACAGACAAAUACGUGCUGCCCCAGUGCAAGCAUGAGUUCUGCAAUCCGUGUAUCACCAAAGCCCUGUCCUAUAAACCGGCCUGUCCUGUGUGUCAGGUCUCCUAUGGUAUGCAGAAAGGGAAUCAGCCAGAAGGAACCAUGACCUUCAUUGUAUCAAGACACUCACUUCCAGGUUAUAGUUCCUGUGGCUCCAUUGUGAUCACCUACACAAUGCAAGGAGGCAUACAGACAGAAGAGCACCCAAACCCAGGAAGGAGUUAUCCUGGAACACAGCGAACCGCGUACCUGCCUGAUAAUCCGGAGGGAAGAGAGGUGCUGGGGCUGCUCCAGACGGCCUUUGAUCAGAAGCUGAUUUUCACAGUGGGGGAAUCGCGAGUCUUGGGCACCUCUGAUGUCAUUACAUGGAACGACAUCCACCACAAAACAUCCAGUUAUGGAGGACCAGAAAACUAUGGCUACCCUGAUCCUGAUUAUUUGAAACGUGUCAAAGAGGAGCUGAAGGCAAAAGGAAUCACGAAACCCGCGGCAAGGAGGUCUUAGAGCCACCCUCCAAAGGUGCACCUUGGGAGACUCAGCGCCGCUCCGACGCUGGCCGUAGAAACACGUUCUAGAAGGUUUCAUCCAGAAGGGAUUUCUCUAAGAAAAAGAUGCUGCUACUCUGGAGCGUUGUUCUUUUGCGGAAGACGAAAAGUCCCGAGGAUCUGUGUGAUUUGACUGCGGCAGUGUGUGUCUCCUUUUCCUGUCAUCGCUGCGUCCGGGUGCCCUGAGGUCACGUGUGUCCUUCGUUGGGGCUCCUGACCAUCCAUUGGGACUGUUCUCAUUGCCAUCGCUUGGGUGCUCUCUCAGUGUUUUGUUUGUUUUCCUCUUAAUCUCUACUGCUGAAAGUGAAAUCCUAGUGCAAUUGGAAAAACAAAAGGCUCUGAUGGUGGAAAGUUAGAGACCCACAUUCUCCCCCUCCUCCAUCACAAGGAAAGCGGCCAGAAGCAGAGCCUGGGGGAGUUUUGGUAAUAAAUGGAAUAAGAUGAUCUUGAAUGACAGAUUUGCCUGAUUCAAGUCGCUGGUAACCCAGCAGGGAGACCUGUAGCCCCUAAGUCUUUGGCAGAAGCAGGAGUGAAGAAGCCACUUCUGAGUGCUCACCCCUGACUCAGAAAUGAGUUUUUCACUCUGCAAUAUUUUGAUGUCUACACUGUAACCGGGCCCCUAACUUGGGCCUUGCUUCCUCGGUCCUUUUAACCUGCUCUGUUGGGCACAUUUGCCCUGCCAUAGUUUCUGGACAUUUUUCUUUUCUUGUGGGCAUUAUUGGACUUUGGAGUAUAGGCUGCUUCCAGUUUCAACAAAUAAAUACUUUAGAUGAUAAUCAUGUAUCAUUUUGUAGUAAUUUUAAUCCCCACUACAGUAGUUUCAUCCCCUUAUUAAAUCCUUCCAAUUCAUGUUUUGUCCCUUAGAAGCUUUCAAAUAUUCCCUCUGAACAAAGGAAAUGCAAGAGUUGAGCCUACUAUAGGGAAUGUAUGACAUGUCAGAUUUUACUUUUAAAUGGUUUUCCACUUCAGAAGAAAAUUAUAAUAGCAAAGGUUAUCUUUGUCCCAAUCUCUCUCCAAAAAUGAUGAACAAGAUAUUCUUUUUCUAAACACACACACACACACACACUUUUUGGUCAGGUAAUAAGUACAAAUGGAACGCUCACUUUGUUUUCAUUAUAAGAGCUUCACAUCUCUGUGGUUGAUAUGAUUAGUGUCCCCUCUGUAUGACAAAAUAACUGGUGUGCAAGAGGACAAGUUAAUAGGUGGAGGUGCUGGGAUCUGAAUUCGGUACUCUGGCUCUAGCACUUCGGCAUGCUGGGACGUGCUGCCUCCUGCAAGGAGCCGCCUAAGCAGCUCCCACUGCUCUGGCCUUCUCUCAGACAGGGGUCUUCCGGUUUUUAAAGCAAAUAUCCUGCAACAAAGUCCUAUUAGAAGAACUUAAAAACCCAGAAUAUUUUCCAUCAUCCAGGAAAUUGAGGAAGUUUAAUCCAAAGGAUGUCUUUUUUUUUUUUAAAGAAUCCAAUUGUAUGUUGAGUUUUCUGAUGUUUCAUUCAAUUCUUUACCAUUAGGAUAACCAACUGCUUUCUGUCUAGUGAUCUGUCUGCAUGAUAAAGUCUGGUUCCCACUAAGUUGUGAAUCUUCCACUGCCACUCAUAUACAUACGCAGCUUCAGGGUGUGCAUUUGGAAGACGGUACUUGCUCUUUGAAUGGUGUUAUUACCUGGAUCUGAUUUAAAUAAAGUUCCAUCCACAUUUGGA